AUGGGCGCCUCCACCGACACGCCCCUGUGCAAGGACCCCUCCAAGUGGAACGCCUUUGACCUGUGGAUCGUCCCCGCUGCCCGCCGCGGCGAGGUUGAGGUGGCCGACCUGCCGCUGCCCGAGGCUCAGCAGGCUGAGCCCUGCUACGAGGAGCUCAACACCAACUGGGAGGCGGCUGUGCAGGAGGCCAAGAAGGCUGGCAAGGAGCCCAAGCUGAUGAAGGUGCUGUGGAAGACCUAUGGCAAGGACAUUGUGCUGGCUGGCAUCUUCAAGCUGAUGUGGUCCGUGUUUGUGAUCCUUGGAGCCUACUACUUCACCCGCUCCAUCCUGAUGUGCAUCCGCACCCUGGAGGGCAAGGACGACUCCAUCUACGACACCGAGUGGAAGGGCUGGGUGCUGACCGGCUUCUUCUUCCUGGACGCUUGGCUGCUGGGCAUGAUGCUGCAGCGCAUGGCCUUCAACUGCCUCAAGGUCGGCAUCAAGGCGCGUGCCGCCCUGACCACCAUGAUCGCCCGCAAGUGCUACAACAUGGCCCACCUGACCAAGGACACAGCCGCCGAGGCUGUGGGCUUUGUUGCCAGCGACAUCAACAAGGUUUUUGAGGGCAUCCAGGAGGUGCACUACCUCUGGGGCGCCCCCGUGGAGGCGGGUGCCAUCCUGGCUCUGCUGGGCACCCUGGUGGGCGUGUACUGCAUCGGCGGCGUCAUCAUCGUGUGCAUGGUGGUGCCGCUCCAGUACUACUUUGGCUACAAGAUCAUCAAGAACAAGAUCAAGAACGCGCCCAACGUCACCGAGCGCUGGUCCAUCAUCCAGGAGAUCCUCCCCGCCAUGAAGCUGGUCAAGUACUACGCCUGGGAGCGCUUCUUCGAGAAGCAUGUGGCUGACAUGCGCACCCGCGAGCGCCACUACAUGUUCUGGAACGCUGUGGUGAAGACCGUCAACGUGACCAUGGUGUUUGGCGUGCCCCCCAUGGUCACCUUUGCCGUGCUGGUCCCCUACGAGCUGUGGCACGUCGACUCCUCCACCAGCGAGCCCUACAUCAAGCCCCAGACCGCCUUCACCAUGCUCUCCCUGUUCAACGUGCUGCGCUUCCCCCUGGUGGUGCUGCCCAAGGCCAUGCGCUGUGUGUCGGAGGCCCUGCGCUCUGUGGGCAACCUGGAGAAGUUCCUGGCUGAGCCGGUGGCACCGCGCCAGGACCUGGAGGGCAAGCCCGGCGCCCAGCUGAGCAAGGCUGUGCUGAGGCACGAGAUGGACACCAGCGGCUUCACCCUGCGUGUGCCCGAGUUCAGCGUCAAGGCCGGAGAGCUGGUGGCGGUGGUUGGCCGCGUGGAGGGCACCGCCCACUCUGGCGGCAGGAUUGCCUACGUUCCCCAGACGGCCUGGUGCCAGAACCUGUCCCUGCGCGACAACAUCACGUUUGGCCAGCCCUGGGAUGAGGCCAAGUACAAGCAGCAAGGCCUGCGCGGCAUCAACCUGUCUGGCGGCCAGCGCCAGCGCCUCAACCUGGCCCGCUGCGCCUACUUUGACGGCGACCUGGUGCUGCUGGACAACGCCCUGUCUGCUGUGGACCACCACACCGCCCACCACAUCUUUGAGCACUGCGUGCGCGGCAUGUUCCGCGACAAGGCCACCGUGCUGGUGACGCACCAGGUUGAGUUCCUGCCCCAGUGCGACAAGGUUGCCAUCAUGGACGACGGCACCUGCGUCUACUUUGGCCCCUGGAACGCCGCCGCCCAGCAGCUGCUUUCCAAGUACCUCCCCGCCAGCCACCUUCUGGCUGCCGGCGGCAACGCCGAGCAGCCGCGCGACACCAAGAAGAAGGUUGUCAAGAAGGAGGAAACCAAGAAGACCGAGGACGCUGGCAAGGCCAAGAGGGUGCACAGCGCCAGCCUCACCCUCAAGUCUGCCCUGUGGGAGUACUGCUGGGACGCCCGCUGGAUCAUCUUCUGCCUCUCCCUCUUCUUCUUCCUCACCGCCCAGGCCUCGCGCCAGCUUGCAGACUACUUCAUCCGCUGGUGGACCCGCGACCACUACAACAAGUAUGGUGUGCUGUGCAUCGACGAGGGCGACAACCCGUGCGGCCCCCUGUUCUACGUCCAGUACUACGGCAUCCUGGGCCUCCUCUGCUUCAUCGUGCUCAUGGCCUUCCGCGGCGCCUUCCUCUACACCUGGUCUCUGGGCGCCAGCUACCGGCAGCACGAGAAGUCCAUCCACCGCGUCCUCUACGCACCGCUCGGCUUCUUCCUCACCACCCCCGUGGGCGACCUGCUGGUCAGCUUCACCAAGGACCAGGAUGUGAUGGAUGAUGCCCUGCCUGACGCCCUCUACUACGCCGGCAUCUACGGCCUCAUCCUACUGGCCACCACCAUCACCGUCUCAGUCACCAUCCCCCUGUUCUCCGCGCUGGCAGGCGGCCUGUUUGUGGUGUCGGGCAUCAUGCUGGCGAUCUACCUCCCCGCUGCCACACACCUCAAGAAGCUGCGCAUGGGCACCUCAGGCGACGUGGUGACCCUGAUUGCUGAGGCUCUGGACGGUCUGGGCGUGAUCCAGGCCUACGGCAAGCAGGCCUACUUCACCACGAUCACCAGCCAGUAUGUGAACGACGCCCACCGCGCCCUGUUUGGCGCCGAGAGCCUCAACCUGUGGCUGGCCUUCAUCUGCGACUUCUUCGGCGCCUGCAUGGUGCUGUCGGUGGCCUGCUUCGGCAUCGGCCAGUGGUCCACCCUGGGCUCCUCCUCCGUUGGCCUCGCUUUCUCCCAGUCCAUCCAGAUGCUUGUGUUCUACACCUGGUCCAUCCGCCUGGUGGCCGAGUGCAUCGGCCUGUUUGGAUCCGCCGAGAAGAUUGCCUGGCUGGCCAACCACACACCCCAGGAGGCCGGCAGCCUGGAUCCACCCAGCCUGCCCGGCAGCGGCGAGACCAAGGCUGCCCCCAAGAAGCGGGGCACCGCUGGAAAGUUCCUGCCUCCUCUCAAGGACGAGGACCUUGCUAUUGUGCCCACCGGCGGCCCCAAGCUGCCCUCUGGCUGGCCCCGCACCGGCGUGCUUGAGUUCAACCAGGUUGUGAUGAAGUACGCCCCACACCUGCCCCCCGCCCUGCGCGGCGUCUCCUUCAAGGUCAAGAGCGGCGACAAGGUUGGCGUGGUGGGGCGCACCGGCUCCGGCAAGUCCACCCUGCUGCUGGCUCUCUACCGCAUGUUCAACCUGGAGAGCGGCGCCAUCACCCUGGACGGCAUCGACAUCUCCACCCUCACCCUGGAGCAGCUGCGCCGCGGCCUGUCGGUCAUCCCCCAGGAGCCCACCGUGUUCAGCGGCACCGUGCGCACCAACCUGGACCCCUUUGGAGAGUUCGGCGCAGACGCCAUCCUGUGGGAGGCGCUGCGCGACUGUGGCCUGGAGGAGCAGGUCAAGGCGUGCGGUGGCCUGGAUGCCAAGCUGGACGGUACCGGCGGCAACGCCUGGUCCAUUGGCCAGCAGCAGCUGAUGUGCCUGGCUCGCGCCGCGCUGAAGAAGGUGCCGGUGCUUUGCCUGGAUGAGGCCACCGCCGCCAUGGACCCCCACACCGAGGCGCAUGUGCUGGAGAUCAUUGAGCGCAUCUUCUCAGACCGCACCACGCUCACCAUCGCGCACAGGCUGGACAACGUGAUCCGCUCCGACCUGGUGGUUGUGAUGGAUGCGGGCCAGGUGUGCGAGAUGGGCACCCCCGACGAGCUGCUGGCCAACCCUCAGUCCGCCUUCAGCCAGCUGGUGGACAAGACGGAGGCUGCCAGCGCCGCCGCGCUGCGCAAGAUGGCUGCCGACUUCCUGGAUGAGCGGGCGCGUGGCCAGAAGCUUGGCUUCAAGCCGCGCCCCUCGCUGGAGGAGGUGCGCCUGUCGCUGGAGGGCGGCGCCGCGCAGGGAGGCCUCGCCUCCUACGUCUCCGCCCUCGCCCAGCCCUGA